AUGGCGUCGAAUAGAUUUCAAAAUUUGCAAAAUUGGACAAAUAAACAUGUGUUCAGCAAUUCGCUGGACUACUGGAAUCAGGAGCUUAACGAGGUUCCAUCCUAUCAGAACCAACCUCAGACGGGAGAAUCAGGAUCAAAUCCCCCACCUCAUGACCGCUUGGAGCCAAUUCAAGAAUCAGUUGUUUCUGAGCAACCACAAAAAGACGACAUAAACAAACAAGAAGAAGCAAAAGACGAUGGACAUGGAGAAGCAUCAGAGCCAAUAUCAGCUCUUCAGGCAGCAUGGAAUGUCACAAAUGCUAUCCAGGGAAUGUUUAUAGUUGGUCUUCCAAUUGCAGUAAAGGUUGGUGGAUGGUGGUCUAUUGGUGCAAUGGUUGGAGUUGCGUACGUUUGCUACUGGACAGGGGUGCUCCUUAUCGAGUGUCUAUAUGAAAAUGGGGUGAAAAAGCGAAAAACGUAUCGAGAAAUUGCUGAUUUCUACAAACCUGGAUUCGGAAAAUGGGUUCUUGCUGCACAACUUACAGAACUUCUAUCAACUUGCAUUAUCUAUUUGGUACUUGCUGCAGACCUUCUACAGAGUUGUUUUCCAAGUGUUGACAAAGCCGGAUGGAUGAUGAUUACCUCAGCAUCUUUACUAACGUGCUCAUUUCUUGAUGAUCUACAAAUUGUGUCUCGUUUGUCAUUUUUCAAUGCAAUAUCUCAUUUGAUUGUCAAUCUGAUCAUGGUCCUUUACUGUCUGUCAUUCGUCUCACAAUGGUCUUUCUCAACGAUCACAUUUUCAUUGAAUAUCAACACUCUUCCGACAAUUGUUGGAAUGGUUGUUUUCGGCUACACAUCUCAUAUAUUCCUUCCAAAUUUAGAAGGAAAUAUGAAAAAUCCUGCUCAAUUCAACGUAAUGUUAAAAUGGUCACACAUCGCCGCUGCUGUGUUCAAAGUUGUUUUUGGAAUGCUCGGAUUUCUCACAUUUGGAGAGCUUACACAGGAGGAAAUUUCAAAUUCUCUGCCUAAUCAAUCAUUUAAAAUUCUGGUGAACCUGAUUUUAGUGGUCAAGGCUCUUCUAUCAUAUCCGUUGCCAUUCUAUGCAGCUGUUCAACUUUUGAAGAACAAUUUGUUCCUUGGAUAUCCUCAGACACCAUUCACAAGUUGUUAUUCACCGGAUAAAUCUUUACGUGAAUGGGCCGUUACUUUAAGAAUUAUUCUAGUGCUUUUCACACUUUUCGUUGCAUUAUCAGUUCCAUAUUUGGUAGAGUUGAUGGGAUUAGUUGGAAAUAUUACAGGAACAAUGUUAUCAUUUAUCUGGCCGGCACUAUUCCACCUUUAUAUCAAAGAAAAAACUCUCAAUAAUUUUGAAAAACGAUUUGAUCAAGGAAUUAUAAUAAUGGGAUGUAGUGUGUGCAUUUCUGGUGUCUACUUCUCAUCAAUGGAACUUCUCAGAGCAAUCAACUCUGCUGAUUCUUAACUCAAAAUUCAAGACAUUUUUUAAUUUGCCAUUCUGAAUUAGUUUAAUAUCACAGAACACUUUUUCCUUGUCUUUUUUGGAUGUUUUAAUAAAUAUAAUGCUUGUGAAA